AUGCCACAACUCCAGGACUAUCGCCUCCUCACAUUCGACGUCUACGGGACCCUCGUCGACUGGGAAGGCGGCCUUCUCGCUGCCCUUCAACCCAGCCUCAACAAAAAUGACGCUCAGUACUCUCGCGAGCACAUUCUUAGGAUCUUCGAUGAGCUUGAGCGGGAUCAGCAGGCCAGAACACCAGAGAUGCAGUACUCCGACCUUCUCUCUGUCAUCCACCCCGCUCUCCUCCAAAAGCUGGGUCUAGACACUCCCACCGAGGAAGAAAGCAAGGCCUUUGGCGAGACUGUGGGCCACUGGCCCGCAUUCCCGGAUACAGUUGAUGCCCUGAAACGAUUAUCGAAGCACUACAAACUCGUGGUUCUAUCCAACGUCGACCGCGAGUCGUUUGCCAAGACCAAUGCCGGCAGUCUAGAAGGCUUUCCCUUUGAUCUGGUCCUGACUGCACAAGACAUUGGAUCGUACAAGCCCGACCUCAAGAACUUCAAUUACAUGCUAGCUGCUGUCAAGGAGAAGUUUGGCGUGGAACCGGGUCAGGUGUUACAGACGGCGCAGAGUCAGUUCCAUGACCACCACCCUGCAAGGAAAAUGGGCAUCAAGUCCGUGUGGAUUGUGCGUCCCGGAGCUACCCUAGAUGGCACUGGAAAAUCUUUGCGCUUGAGGCUGUAUCAAUGGCUUUGGCGACUUCGCAAUCUCAGCACCCCCUUGCGGCUACGAGGGAGCUUGGUCCGGCUACGUCGAUUUCAUGACAGCCCCCUUCUCGCCCUCCUCCGUCUAUUAAUUCCAUUCCCGUAUUGGAAGUUCCCUGUCCCAGACCCGGUAGCGCCCAUCGAUAUCCUCGGAAAUGUCGAAUUGGAAGAGAAUAGGCUAGAAUAUCUGGACGACCUACGAAGUAUCCCCUUAUGGCGUGCGCGAGACACCCCCAUGCGGUCCCUCUACCGGAUGUAUGAAGCCAUGAUAUCCGGAAUGUAUGAGGCGCUAGGUCCUGAAACGGAAUACUUCUGGUAUCAGCGGAAAUGGUCGCUACAGAGUAUUCGUGACCCUGACGAUGCUGACCCGGUCCGGUAUGCCAUUCUCGCGUGCUUGGUUGAGGAACUCGUCGUGGCAUUCAAUUGGCGGUUGAGCUUAGGACUGCGCCGGGAUCGCAAUCACAUCAUGCGAGAAACAGGGCAGGACUCAAUGCCUCCGUAUACACCCCUGACGGGGCCGACAUGGCCAAACUCGGUGCCCGCGAUUUCCCCUGAGGACCUCGAUAGCUUCCCACCCGAGUAUGUUUCCCCCGACGGGAGGCUUGUGCUCGAGGCAGAUGGCCUGAAUAAAGUCUUUGCCCGGCGAAAUAUUGUCACGAAUGUUGGUUGGCUUUACACCAUCUAA